AUGCCAUUGCCACCGCAAGGAACCAAAGAAUCAUCAAGGCCACCGACAGAAACAAUGACACCACCAAAAAGCUUGUCGCAGCUGUCUAGAAAGGAUUUGGAACAACUUAUCCCACACAUGAAUGACAUUGACGCGAAAUAUGAGAAAAUCUCUCAAAUUGGCGAAGGUACAUACGGAAAGGUAUUUAAGGGAGCUGUGAAAAACCCCAUCGGUGCGCAACAAUACGUGGCCAUGAAGAAGGUCAGAAUGGAGUGUGAAAAGGAAGGGUUUCCCAUCACGGCCACGCGCGAGAUCAAAAUCCUUUCUUCAAUCGCGCACAAGAAUAUCAUCCAGCUAAUCGAAAUUGUAACAUCAAAAGAGUCUGUGUAUAUGGUUUUUGAUUACAUGGAAUACGAUCUUGCGGCUCUUAUCUCCCAGGCCGCCACAGAGCUUCAGAUCCGCCAUGUAAAAUAUCUGAUCAGGGAAGUGUUGGAGGCCAUGGCUUAUCUUCACGAAAACAAGAUUUUGCAUCGGGAUAUCAAGAGUACCUAUUCCGAUCGAUUACUCAUCAUAGGUUCCAAUGUUUUGCUCUCGCGCAAAGGCAUCGUUAAACUAGCGGAUUUUGGUCUCGCCCGCAGCUUUGCCAAAAGCCAGAUGACACACAUGACAAAUCGGGUUAUUACUUUAUGGUAUCGGCCGCCGGAACUAUUACUCGGAUCUUCGACAUACGACUCUUCCAUCACUUCUGGCGGAAUGGCUAUUGAAAUCAGCCCCCUUUCAGGGAUCCACAGAAAUAUCGCAGCUGAUGGCAAUCUUUUCCGUUCUAGGAAACGGCGCCUCUCUUCCGGAUUGGUCCGAUUGCCCCACUCUUGCGGCGCUGCCGUGGAGCAGGUGGAUCCACCCUCCGAAGGAGUAUCAGCCCAGAGUUUUAGAAGCAAAGCUCAGAGAGAUUGGAUUGUCCGAGCUCGGUUGCGAGUUCGUCGCUUCGUUCUUGCAAAUGGAGCCCACAAAGAGGAUCUCCGCCAAAGCAGCAUUGCAACACCCCUUCUUCCGGGAGGAGCCGCUGCCUGCGCAGCCGGAAGAGUAAGCAUGAGAUUGAUAAUUUCCGGUAGACUUCCCUUCAUCGAGGGAGACUGGCAUGAAUUUGAGGUCAAAAAAAAUACUAAACGUGCAAGGCGACCCGAUGGUGACGAUCAAAUUACAAUUAACGUUGAUUCGAUACUCAGUGAAGACGAACAGGAGGAUCAAGAAGACUAUAAACGAGGCGGGUAUCAUCCAGUGAAAAAUGGUGACCUGUAUCAUAAUCAGAGAUAUAGGGUGUUAAAGAAGCUCGGGUGGGGACAUUUUUCAACGGUUUGGUUUGCUCUGGACACCGUUACUUCUUCCUUUGUUGCAUUGAAAAUAGUGAAGAGCGACAAAAGAUACGCCGACGCCGCAUUUGAUGAGAUUGAGCUUUUGGAAAGAGCCUCUGGAAAAAAAGGGGCUCGUAAUCAUCGACCGGCAUGCCCUUCUACAUGCAAUCCUGCACAGGGUGGCCAACGUGUUGUUAAGCUGCUUAACCACUUUACCAUAAAGGGCCCCCACGGAGAGCGUAAUGCUUGCCUUGGUUUAUUUUUCGUAGAUAUUUGCAUGGUCUUUGAGGUCCUUGGCCACAAUUUACUAAAGCUUAUCAAGGAAUAUGACUACAAGGGGAUUCCUAUUGCUACCGUCAAAAAAAUUGCCGUCGAUGUGCUCAACGGGCUAGACUACCUCCAUUCAGUCUGCGGAAUUAUCCACACCGAUUUAAAGCCCGAAAAUGUGCUUCUUUGUCUAGACGGCGAAAGCAUCGACGCGCUUGCCACAUCCAGCGGGCUUUCCAAAUCAGAGUACAAACGGAAAACGGAGCAUCCAUUUCCUGCCACUUGCUCCGGCUUGCUCAAUGAUGUCCGGUUGGUUUUUUCCCUAACUCCAGGCUUGAACAAAACCUUAAUGAGAUUUCUUUAA